UCCAACUGUGGCACCAACAACCCCUCAUACACUUCCGUUCUCCUCGCCUCCCUCUGCCUCCGUGUGGCACGGAUCAUCCCUCCUAUCGGUGAGUGGGCUGCAAGUCAAAUUAGCUCUCCGUCAUCCUGCUCGCUGAGCGCACCCGAGGCUACUGCGGUAAGAUGCGGCGACGCACGACGGCGAGCCGCGGCGGAUGAGCUGAUGCGCAAUGGUCGAACGAGUCGGGAGAGAAACCGAGGACAGAUUCACGGAGAUGCUCGGCUCUGAUUCAGAUAAUGGGACAGAAAUGAAUGCAUGUUUGGCUGAUUUGUAGCUGCUGUAGGUCCAGUGGUGCAGGCCGACUGGAAGGAUGUGGUGGCGCUGAUCCCACUGAAGGAUGCUCCAGAGCCCGAGGAGGGAUGAAUAGGCUUCGACUGUAAACAACGAGGAAGCAGAGACAGAGACAUUAAGUAAAGGACACUUCAUUUAAACCGGGACCGGAGACACUGAGGCAUCGAGUGAGGUUGUUUUUGACAGCUGAGUCAGUCCUCGGUGCCGGCUCAGAGGGCGGUGAAGCUCUGAAGACAUCAGUGUGGAAGAAAACAAACUUCCUAUUAUCCUCUCUAUCAUCGGUUCUGACAGGUGGACGUCUGACCUGAGCGUUUAUUUCCUUCGUCAGGAGACUCUCAAAGUUUAGGAGCGAUAAAGAGAAACAGAAGCACAAACUCCGGCUCGCUGUCAGGAAAAUAACUGAUUCUGUUUCUUUUUUUUUUGUCCAAAUAUGAACUGUUAAGACGCGAGCUUAGCAGGAGAGUUAUCUCUCUCUUGCGGGGUCGAGUAAAUAUUUUGUUUUGUCAGAAUGGAUUAGUAAGAAGUUCUUGAGAGUGUCUGAGCUGUUUCAUAAUGUGCAGUGUAUUUUUUCCAAACUCUGAUCUUUCUACAUUUGAGCUGUCACGCUCUGGAUCAAGAAUAGACUCCUGAUAGUGCCACGGCGUUUCCUCUCACCUGACAGGCUGCAUUUUAAAAAGGAUAAGCAAGGACAAACCAGUAAAACAUAGAUGAGGCCAACAACCAGCACCAUGCUCCAGCAGAAUAACAACAACAACUACCCCUGCCUGAACAUGUCAGGCUCCACCCGGGAGAUGCUCCAGAAGUGCUCCAGAGCCUCUCUGCCCUUCCCCAGCAGACUGGAGCUGGGUCUGGGUGACCUGCCGCUGAUCCGAGGCCUCCGAGCCUGGGCCCUGUGCUCCAAGAACCGUCGGAAGGCCAGUGGGAUGCUCGGAGGAGGACAAGCCCCCACAGCUCCUCCUGCAGGCCGCGGCGGGCCAACGUCCUGUCCCAGGCCUGCGGAUGUGUACCUGAGCGGGGAAUGGGGUCGCAUGGGUUACGGGCUUCCCCUGGGGCUGGAUGCUGGGCAGGCUGGGAUUGGAGCUUUAGUAACGGUAGCCACUCUGAAGACUUCAGAGGGCAGCGGGAAGACACAGACUCAAUGUCUCUUCCUGCGGACUGAGAAAGGAAGCUGUUUGUACUCGACAGCUAAACCUGGUCCUGGUGCGACCACCAGUGCAGCCUCCAGUGUGGUCGGGGGAUGGCUGAGAGGCAAGACAGGAGGAGGAAGCAAAGACACUCCAGCCGGGAGGAGGGAUCAUGGGCCAACACCACUGGCACAGACCGGAGCAAACCGGGUUAGGGUGCGAUCUGGCCGGAGAUGGAGGAAGUCCUGUAAUGCAGCAGGCCGGGAGAAAACAGGCGCGAGCAGAGAGAGGCAGCAGAGCAGCAGCAGGGAGGAUCCUGCUGGAGAAAGGCAGGAAGAGCGAGACAAAGGAGGUCUGGACCUUAAACAGUUUCCCAGCCCGCAGCAGGACAUCAGGAAAGCUAAACAGGAGAAAGACGGAGCAUUCAGAAGUCCCAGAUGCUGCCACAAUGCUUCUCCCAAAACCUGUACUCACUGUGGAAGGAGAGCACAGAGGAGGGAAAGCCAGGAUGAACACGAGGGAGGUGAAAGCCCAAGAAGAGGAGUCCCAAACAAGCUGAAUGGUGAGGUGAAGGGAAUGAAGAAGGAGAGGCAAAAGAAUGAGGAGGAGGAGAAGGGAGGCCUCAGUGGGUUAGAGUCUGUACCAAACCCUGUCCUCGAGUCCAACCACUUUCACCCAGAAUCCCACAGCAGCCGUGACGUCGAAGAGACGAGAGAAGCCGAGAGCAAACCUCAAACCUCUCACAGCAAGGACUCCUCAGAGAAAGAGGAGGAUACAAACACUGAUCCCCAUUCUGAUCAGGUGACUGAUGACUUUAUAUCGAGACAUAACGGAGAGUCUGAUGACAGGAAACCAAGUGAGAACCCCUGUGAAGACACAGCAGCUCAUGUUAAUGGAUUUUUUGAGGCACAUCAAGAAUCAGAGGGAGCCGUGGAGAGCGUGGAUGUUGAAGAGGAGGAAGGGAGCGUCAAUCAGACUCCUGCUGAUCUCUCGGUGGUUUCCACCCGCUGUGAGGACGCCUCCAUCAGCGCUGCAGUCCCCCCUGAGCCCUCCACUCCUGUAGAGGGCAGCACCUGCGAUGCUGGAAACAGCAAAGAGGUUCACCUCGAGGACGUCAGCAGGUUUGAGCAACGAGAACCUGACGAGAACAUCACUGUGAACGAGCUCGAGGAGAGAGAUGCUUCGUCUUCACCUCUCAGACAUGCAGAUCCCUCCAUCUUUGAGACAGACGGGAGGAUAACUCAAACCGGUUGCAAUGAGGUGGUGUGGGAAAAUCGAGAAGACGAGUCACAGGAAGAGAUUAGAGUGAAUCCCAGGGAAGGUGGUGAGGUCUGGAGGAGGGAGUGCAUCGAGCUGGAGGAUGAGCAACAAACUAAGACUGACACAAAUGACAGCACCACGCAGGAGGGUGGUAAUCAAGAAGUAACACAAAGCUGUGCUCGAGCAGAUGACUGGAGGCUACAGGAGUCUGCAGGUGGAUGCAGGGGGAGGAAGGAAGAGGAUGGAGUCACCUGUGAACAAACAAGAAUCACCCAUAUUGAAGCAAAUGGAGAGACCGGCACCAGCGUCACUAAUGUUGCCUGUGCUGAUCCGUCCACCUCUUUUCUACCCUCCUUGGCUAAUCCUACCCCUUCUUUGCCCCCCCUGGGAUCCAUGGCAACCGGCCUGCCCAGUCUGGAGGCGGAGAAGGAGAAAGAGGAGGAGGAGGAGGAGGAAGGGGUCAGAGUGACGGCAGGAGACGGAGAAGGAGGCCAGGAAGGGAAGAGGAGAGAGCUGGAGGAGCAGGACGAGGAGGAGAGGGGCUCCACCGUGGCCACUGAGGACGUGAGGAAAGAGGAGGAGGAGGAUGAGUUUGGAGUAUUCAUGCAGGCGGAGGGAGAGCCGGCCUGGAGCGAGGAGUCCACCAUGUCUGCCUCAGUGCCUUGUGGGAGCAGAGAGAGUGUUGCACUUGGAAACCACGCCAUCGCCGGGGAGUCGACCCACUGGACGCCAGGCUGGACGGACAGUUCGUUCAACCAAUCAGACGACACCUGGACAGCCUUUCCUCAGGAUUCGUCAGAUGAACGUCGAGGCGUCGCGGGACAGUGGUGGCCGACCAACGCUGUGGAGGAGAGCAGAGACAGACUGGCGUCUGUCUUUGCCGAAGCCUUCCCCUCGCUGCCUGGUUCGUCCUCAUGUGACCUCGACACUGUUCCCACACUGACCCAGCUCCUCAGGGGCAAAGCCAGCCAGGACCACGGCCUGUUGGACAGCUUCCAUGACUUGAACAAAAUGAUUUGCCAGAGAUACAAGAGAGCCAAUGGCGCGUCUCGUGACCUGCUGCUGAAGACUUUACACCUGGAGCAGCCGCACACUGAAAGCAGAUCUGCUCUCCGGACAGCCAAUCGUCGUCUCUCCCCUGGCCUCCCCUCGGCCAAUCAGCACGCUCAGAACGCUGCUGCAAAGCGACGGCUGUCAUAUGACUACAACAGAAACACCAUGGAGUAAACUGUGCAGCUUCAGCUCUGGUUGGACUGUGAUUCCUCAAUGUCUACCUGAAGAGAUGCAGGUUUGAACCCGAGCAGGGCCGAGAAAACCGACAGACGACGGGUUCCUCAAGACUCUGGACUCACAUCACGUGUAACUGCUAGUCAAACACUGACUGACCUUUUGACUCUUUGCACACUCCCUGGUUAUUUAAGCCUGAGCCGGUGAGAAGACGGAACCUGGAUGAAAAUGGAGCGACUCACUUCAGUUUAGUUUCAGGAGCUGUCUCCUCCAGCUCCUGUUGAUGUAUACUGGUGGAGUGUUUCCAUCACACUUUGUCCCCCACCACCACCACCACCACCCUCCCAUUUUCAUUUUCCGUUUUUCACCCUGAUGGCUGCAGGUUGUUCUGACCUGUAGCUGAGUUACUCGUCACCGCGUCUGGGAGGAGACCUGGAUAGAAACGAGUCUCUGCGUCAGAGCUGCUGUUUGGCAGAAAUCGUCUCAUUGUUUGAAUUAAAUCUCGCUCGGUUGAGCCAAACAAAAACACUCACUCGCAAAGAAUUAACUCAGAAAUAUUAAAAAAUAAAUCACAUUAUUUCUGCUCUCAUUCAUGACCAUUUACGAUUCUUUCAAAGGUCAGCAUGCUUGCUAACUAGCUUAUCUGUAUUGUUAUGGGCAGUUAUGGCUAGUUUGAGCAUGCAGUCAGCCGGCUCCUCUUCUGCAUUUUGCAAAUAUUCUUAUUCUUGUCCAGAAUUUUGGCUCCACCGAAGAGUUGUCCAACUCAACCAAUGAGAUUUCUCCUUCUUCUUCUAUAGCAGCUCUGCCAGGAAGAGCUGACGACGUGUUCAUGUAUGAAAAUCGAAGAGAGCAAUAAGAGCAUUUCUGUUACAACUUACAAUUAUUAAAUUAAUUAUCCAACAGCUCGAGAAGGCGACAGCCGGUGUGACUGAUUUAAAAAUAGAGAUUUAGCACCGAGCUGCACAGAUCGGGUGUAAAACCAGAAAUAAUCAUUUAUAAUUGCCGCAUUAGCAUUACAUUCGUCACUGUGAAGCUAAAUUAUAAGUUAUAUUCACAAAGUUACAUCCAUGUGACAGAAAUGUGACAUGAAGCUUCAGCAGCCACAGUUAAAGGAAAAAAACUAGACGAUGACAAAAUGCUUCUUUUGUCACUCCAUUAUCACAGCGGCUCAACUUUGUGACCGCUGAAAAUCUUUAUUCAAACAUGCCGUGAUGUCUCCCCCGUCUUCAGUUUUCCUCCCUGCUACACAGACCUGCAUGGACAACAACAAAUCUCUAACAGAUCUCAGCGUCGGCUGGGUUCAUGCAGCAGUCAAAGUCUUUCCCCCCCUUUCCUAUUUUUAAUAACAAGUAACAGAAAAUCAUUUUGCCACACUGGAAAGUAUUAAUACUUAGUGAAGAUGGGUCCACAUGUGAUGAGUCUUCAUUUCUUUGUUUACAUUUUGCAAAAUGAUGCAUGUGCUCUCUCAUUGUGUGUCUGCGACAGAAAAGCCAACGACAGGAAUGAAGCUUCAAAUUAUUUUUGGUUCCUCAGAGAAACAAGCUUGUCUUCCAGUUAGUGCCAACAGGAACACCAACGAAAGUGCCAACGUUUACGAGGUUACGGCAGCGAAGCGCACACGUUCAGGAGGAAACGUCGCCUCUUCUCACACACGCUGAAGUGGACUCAAACAAAAGAUUUUGGCAUGUGAUGUUUUGUUUUUCUUUGUCUCUCUGUCGGGCCUUCUGUCUGCCUCUCACAGUUGAGUCCACUUCACAGGCAAAACUUGAAUCUAGCUGCCAAUCAAAACAAUAUUUUUAUGAGAAUAUUGUUCACAUUAUGACCGUGUCAAUGAUGCACCGUACAUUUUUAAUUUAGACAUACUAUUAUUAUUAUUAUCACCCCAGAUGGUUUAUUUGGCUCUUCGUUGUAUAUUUCACUUGUCAGAUCAAUCAUUUGUGAUGAUAUUCAGAAACAAUCAUGUGUGUGUGUCUACAGACUACAAAUCCCUGAAAAAGAAAAAGAUGAAUAUUUUCUGGUCUGUUCAAAUGAGGGAGAACGAGUUGUCGCCUUGUUAACUGAUGUAAUAAAAUGAUCCUGUGUGAUGGC